ACUGAAAGCUAGGGAACAAUUCUAAGAAAGAGAGGGAGAGACGGGUAAGAAAAAGAUAGAGUUUGGGGGGUAAAGGGAGAGAGAAAGAAGAGGAGAGGGGUGGGGGGGCUAGAAAAGAGAGAGCGAGAGAGAAGAGAGGAGCUAGGAGCGAGCAUGUGCGAUGAGCAAUAGCUGUGGACCUUACAGUUGCUGCUAACUGCCCUGGUGUGUGUGAGGGAGAGAGAGGGAGGGAGGGAGAGAGAGCGCGCUAGCGCGAGAGAGCGAGUGAGCAAGCAAGCGAGCAGAAAAGAGGUGGAGAGGGGGGGAAUAAGAAAGAGAGGAGGAAAGGAGAGAAGGCAGGAAGAAGGCAAGGGACGUUACAACCAUGCUGUGCUGUAUGAGAAGAACCAAACAGGUUGAAAAAAACGAUGAGGACCAAAAGAUCGAACAAGAUGGUAUCAAACCAGAAGAUAAAGCUCAUAAGGCCGCCACUAAAAUUCAGGCGAGCUUCCGUGGACAUAUAACAAGGAAAAAGCUCAAAGGAGAGAAGAAGGGUGAUGCCCAAACUGCUGAGGCUGAAGCCAAUGAGAAGAAGGCUGAAGCCCCCCUUGCGGAUGGGGUGGAGAAGAAAGAGGAUGGCCAGGCCACCACUGAAGCGGCCCCAGCCACCGGCCCCAAGCCCGAGGAGACCGGCAAGGAAGGAGAAAUUCCUUCUGAGGAGAAGAAAGGGGAGGGAGCCCCGGAUGCUGCCACUGAAAAGGCGGCCCCUCAGGCCGCUGCCCCUUCGGAGGAGAAGGCCGGUUCUGCUGAGACAGAAAGUGCCACUAAAGCUUCCACUGACAACUCGCCGUCCUCCAAGGCCGAAGAUGGCCCUGCCAAGGAGGAGCCUAAACAAGCCGAUGUGCCUGCUGCUGUCACUGCUGCUGCCGCCACCCCUUCUGCCGAGGAUGCUGCCACCAAGGGAACAGCCCAGCCCCCGACGGAGACUGAGGAGAGCAGCCAAGCCGAGGAGAAGAUAGAUGCUGUAGAUGAAACCAAACCUAAGGAAAGUGCCCGGCAGGAUGAGGGUAAAGGAGAAGAUCGUGAGGCGGACCAAGAACAUGCCUGAACUUUAAGAAAUGGCUUUCCACGUCCCUCCCCUCCCCUCUCCUGAACCCUGUCUCCCCACCCUCUUCUCAACUCCACUCUGAAGUUUCCCUUCCUGUCCUGCUCACGUCUGUGAGUCUGUCCUCUCCCACCUGCUAGCCCUCUUUCUCUCUGUGUGGCAAACAUUUAAAAAAAAAAAAAAGCAGGAAAGAUCCCAAGUCAAACAGUGUGGCUUAAACAUUUUUGUUUCUUGGUGUUGUUAUGGCGAGUUUUUGGUAAUGAUGAUCCAAUCAUUUUGGGAAAUUCUUGCACUGUAUCCAAGUUUUUUGAUCUGGUGCGUGUGGCCCUGUGGGAGUCCACUUUCCUCUCUCUCUCUCUGUUCCAAGUGUGUGUGCAAUGUUCCGUUCAUCUGAGGAGUCCAAAAUAUCAAGUGAAUUCAAAACCAUUUUUCUUUUCCUCCUUUUCAAUGUGAUGGAAUGAACAAAAAGGAAAAAAAUCAAAAACCCAGUUUGUUUUGAAAAUAAAUAAAUACAUAAAUACAUAAAUAAAUAAAUAAAGCAAAUGUGCCAAUUAGCGUAACUUGCGGCUCUGAGGCUCCUUUUUCAAUCUGAAUAUUAAUAAAUCAUGAGAGUAAUCAA